AUUUGACAUUCGACCGCGGUGCAUUCUGUGUAGUUUUGGGUCAAGAGUUGUCCGCUGGGAGUGUAAACCAAAUUCCCGACGUUUAUGGAUCUCCGGUAACAUAGAAGGAACGAUAGUGAAAGUAGACAGCGGCGUGCCAAAUCGCGGAUUAGUUGUGUUUUUUGGGUUUUUUUUUAAAACACGGUUUUAUUACUCAGUCCCGGAUGUCACCGAUAUGGCAACUUCUACGUGGAUUAUUAUUUUGUCAGGCGUUCUACUGUCAUCGCAGGUGAACUGCCAAGAAGCAGUCUUGCACAUCUCAAAUGGGGCAGUAGAUGAAGAAUACUGCCUGGUCUACAACUCGUCAUGGACCCCCCUGCCACUCACCCUCAGUGGUGCUAUGGAGUACCCCCUGGUGAACCUUUCAUCCAGCCUGCUGUGUACCUCAGCAGGGAUAACACCCAGCACUGUACAGGGCAAGGCUGUGGUGGUCAUGAGAGGUGAAUGUGACUUCAGUCAGAAGGCUCUGGUAGCUCAGGAUAUGGGGGUUACCACUCUUAUCAUCGUUAGCACUACACCUAUGAGUCCCCCAUCAGCCAAUGAGUCAGAGUUUAAGAAGGUCCAGAUUCCAAUUGUUCUGAUGAGAUACUUGGACUUCCUGGACGCACAGAAGGUGUUUGGUGAGGAGAUGCUGGUGAAGAUGUACUCUCCGGUGAUGCCACUGUUAGAUCCAAGCAUUGUUGUCAUGCUUCUAAUAGCUGUGGUCACUGUGAGUCUGGGAGGCUACUGGAGUGGGGCCUGUGAAAGAGAGAGACUGAGUGGUGGUCAACCUGGAGGAGGAGGAGGAGGAGGAGGAGAGAAGUGUGACAGUGGGGACGUGAUUCUCUACUCUCCUCUGAAGGUGGUCAUCUUUGUGGGUCUGAUGUGCCUGAUGCUGGUACUUAUGUACUUCUUCUCCAGAUACCUCGUCUAUGUGAUCAUCGUCAUAUUCUGCCUGGCAUCAGCCACUGCCCUCUUCAGCUGCCUGGAUGCUUUGUUGGACCUGGCCAUGUGUAGCGUCAUGAGGGUUACGGUCCUGGGUAAAAGUGUUUCCGUGAGGUCUGUGUUGCUGUUUUUUGUGUGUGUCACGGUAGCUGUGGUCUGGGGGGUCUUCAGGAACGAAGACAGGUGGAUCUGGAUCUUGCAGGACCUACUGGGCGUGGCCUUCUGUCUCAACUUCCUCAAGACCAUCUCUCUGUCCAAUUUCAAGAUCUGUGUCAUCCUGUUGAGCCUACUGUUGCUCUAUGACGUCUUUUUUGUUUUCAUCACUCCCCUAUUCAUGCACGGUGAGAGCAUUAUGGUCCAGGUGGCUCUGGGCCCGGAUGCUUCAGGAGAGAAGGGUAACUUGGAGGUGCCAGCUGAACCGUCGACUCCACAUGAGAAACUACCAGUAGUGAUGCGAGUUCCACGAUUCUUUCCAUGGUCUCAGAACCUGUGUGGCAUGCAGUUCUCCAUCCUGGGCUAUGGGGACAUUAUUGUACCAGGUCUUCUGGUGGCCUAUUGUAGUCGGUUUGAUGUGCGAGUCAACAGCCCCAACAAGAUCUACCUUCUCGUGUGCUGCAUAGCCUACCUGUGUGGCAUGGUUGUCACAUUUGCAGUGAUGUUGUUGACUAACAUGGCGCAGCCGGCCCUGCUGUAUCUGGUUCCAUUUACACUUCUGGGAUCUGCUGUGCUGGCCUGGAGGAGAGCAGAGAUGAGGCAGUUCUGGAAUGGGACCACAUACGAGGUUUUGGACUCCACCAGGGAACCAUUACUGACAGGUGGAAGACCUGACUAUGCCAGCAGAGGAAGUUGCUGAUUACAAAUAAUCCGCUAUUUCAGUAGCAAACCAACUGAUGGAGCGCUUUUCUCCUUUUCAAAUCAGCCACGUAGUUCAUCCAUGUGAUGCAAGGGUAAUAACAUAGCUAUUCUAGUCUAUCAAUUUAUACUGGGGAGAUGUGGUGGGUGGGGGUGCAGAGGGCAGGGUUUAGGGUUAUGGAUGGCACAUUGUGGGACUUUUGAAAAGCCAGACAGUUCAUUUGAGAGGCUUAAGAUGACCUGAGAAUGCAGUGUGUUUUAUAAUAUGGGAUGUAUAAAGGAGUGAGGAACUAAUUUAAAUAAUGCAUAAAAUGUGUUUUGCCUUUGUAAAUGACACAACUGAUUGCACUUUAGUACUCAUGUUCUAAAUUUUGGGGGAAUUUAAAUUUAAACUGUAGGCUAAGAUAAAGAUAUUCUGGUUAUUAUUGUUCUGGAGCUUUCCGUAUAACUUGUUUGUAUGAUUGAAAAACACAAUCUUCAGGAUUGCUUUCUUUGCCUUAAAUUAAUCCAUUCUGAUUUCA